GAGGUGCUCGCGAUGGAGCUGAAACUUCCUGACACUGGAUUCACGUGGGGUCUGUGUUGGUUUGGUGUCCUAGUGAAUCUGUCCGUAUCCGUUGCUUCCGGAUAUCAAGUGAGCUCUAUCAAUGCGCCAGCAAAACUGAUCCAAUCCUGGCUCCGUACCGUGUUCGUCGAUCGUUAUGGAGUGCAUCUUACAGAUAGUGCGUUACAAAUUCUGUGGUCUGUAGUAGUGUCCGCAGUAUUAGUUGGUGGAAUCGUAACAUCCCAUUUCAGUGGUAUCAUUGCCACCCGCUAUGGCAGAAAAAGAUCAUUCCUCUGCUGUGCGAUACUGCUUACGGCUGGAGCAUUAUGCUUUCUCUUCUGUCGUGCCGCUUCUUCAGUGGAGUUGUUGCUCCUCGGCAGACUUCUCGUCGGACUGGCAUCAGGACUGACUACCGGUGUUAUUCCAAUGUAUCUGGCGGAGGUAUCACCGAUCAAACUACGCGGUGCAAUGGGAGUUCUGUGCCCUUUAGGUCUAACGACUGGUGUCGUUAUUGGACAGAUCACGAGCCUGGAGCAAGUGCUCGGUACCGAGAAGCAUUGGCACUAUGCGCUCGGUUGUUACGCGGUGUUUAAUCUGUUUUGUUAUGCAUUUUACUUUUGGAUCCCCGAAAGCCCCAAAUAUCUGUACAGUGUGAAAGGCGAUCAAGCGGGAUCGUUGCGCGCUAUAAGAAAGCUAUUCGGGCGCCAUUCUAUCGGGGAUGAUUACAUCAAGCUGCAGAUGGAGUGCGCUAAUGGGCCGAGCGCUACCGCAACCAAUGGACAGUCAUUCGAUGAUGGUCAAGCACAAGCUAGCCGAUCGAUUUGUUCUGUUUUGCGAGAUCCCACGCUAACGCUACCGUUAGUGCUGGUGUGUGCACUACAAGGAGGGCAACAACUUUCGGGAAUUAAUGCCGUGUUUUUCUACUCGGUGUCAAUAUUUGAAUCGGUUGGCUUAAGCUCCAAUGCUGCAAAGUUCGCCAAUCUCGGUGUAGGAUGCUUAAAUCUGUUCGUGUCGUUAUUUGGACCCUUGCUGAUGGCACGGUACAAUAGGCGCGCUCUAUCCAUACUCUCAUGUUCUUGCUGUGCAAUCAAUCUCUUCAUUCUUACUUUAUCAAUACACUUCAAUGAACGGGUCGAAUGGUUUUCGUACGUUUGCAUCGGAUCCAUUUUACUCUACAUAAUUACCUACCAAUUCGGUCUGGGCCCCAUACCUUUCUUCAUUGGAUCAGAACUCUUUGAGCUUGGACCUCGACCGACGGCAAUGGCGCUGGGCAGUCUCUCCUCGUGGGGAUGCAAUUUCAUUGUUGGAAUGGCUUUUCCAACCCUCCAAAGUGUAUGGGGUGCCUUCGUAUUUCUACCAUUUUCCAUAACGUGCGUACUAUUGACGGUGUUGGUUAAAUUUUAUCUCCCCGAGACACGCGGAAAAGAAGUAACGGACGUCGCGCAAAAGGUGGCUCAAGGAUUUCGUUCCAAAGUAACAGAUUAAGAAUAGUUACACGAAACUGCGAUUUGUUUGUUGGUGCACUUCAUUCGAAAUACGGUUUAAAAAAACAGCAGGAAUAAAAUGUUAACCAGUGGAAGAUGUGUGCGAUGUUGCAAUAUAAGUAUCUCACGGUAGUAAAUAGCGUGUAUAACUUGUUUUUAUUUGAUAACGUUAUCUACUGGUAUUGCACAGAAACAUUAAUUUGUUUACAUUAUCUACCGGUUGUGAUCUUCUAAUAUACAAAUAACAAAGUCUUUUACUAUCAGCA